AUGGAGGUGGCUGCUAAUUGCUCUCUGCGCGUGAAGAGACCUCUGUUGGAUCCCCGCUUCGAGGGUUACAAGCUCUCCCUCGAGCCGCUGCCCUGUUACCAGCUGGAGCUUGACGCAGCUGUGGCAGAAGUAAAACUUCGAGAUGAUCAAUAUACACUGGAACACAUGCAUGCUUUUGGAAUGUAUAAUUACCUACACAGUGAUUCAUGGUAUCAAGACAGCGUCUACUACAUUGAUAACCUUGGAAGAGUUAUGAAUUUAACAGUGAUGCUGGAUACUGCUUUAGGAAAACCACGAGAGGUGUUUCGACUUCCCACAGAUUUGACAACAUACGACAAUCGCCUUUGUGCAUCUAUCCAUUUCACAUCUUCUACCUGGGUUACCUUGUCAGAUGGAACUGGACGAUUGUAUCUCAUUGGUACAGGUGAACGUGGAAAUAGUGCUUCUGAGAAAUGGGAGAUUAUGUUUAAUGAAGAGCUUGGGAAUCCUUUUAUCAUAAUUCACAGUAUCUCAUUGAUGAACGCUGAAGAACAUUCAAUAACUACCUUACUUCUUCGAAUAGAGAAAGAAGAAUUGGAUAUGAAAGGAAGUGGAUUCUACGUUUCUUUGGAGUGGGUCACUAUCAGUAAGAAAAAUAAAGACAAUAAAAAAUAUGAAAUCAUUAAGUGUGAUACUCUCCGUGGAAAGUCAGUGCCGCAUUAUGCUGCUAUUGAGCCUGAUGGGAAAGGUCUGAUGAUUGUCUCCUACAAGUCCUUCACAUUUGUACAUGUUGGUCAAGAUCUUGAAGAAAAUAAGAAUGACAACUUGUCUGAGAAAAUCAAAGAACCUCUGUAUUACUGGCAACAGACUGAAGAUGAUUUGACAGUAACAAUACAACUUCCAGAAGGCAGUUCUAAGGAGGACAUUCAAGUACAGUUUUUGCCUGAUCACAUCAACAUUGUGCUGAAGGGUCAGAGGUUUUUGGAAGGAAAUCUCUAUUCGUCUAUUGAUCAAGACAGCAGUACAUGGAUGAUUAAAGAUAAUAGCUUGGAGAUUUUCUUGAUUAAAAAGAAUGAAGGACUAACAUGGCCAGAGCUAGUGGUUGGUGAUAAACAAGGAGAGUUUAUAAGAGACUCAGCCCAGUGUGCUGCUAUAGCUGAACGUUUGAUGCAUUUGACCUCUGAAGAACUGAAUCCAAAUCCAGAUAAAGAGAAACCUCCUUGUAAUGCUCAAGAGUUAGAAGAAUGUGAUAUUUUCUUUGAAGAGAGCUCCAGUUUAUGCAGAUUCGAUGGCAUUACAUUAAAAACUACUCAUGUGGUGAAUCUUGGAAGCAACCAGUACCUUUUCUCUGUCAUAGUGGAUCCUAAAGAAAUGCCCUGCUUCUGUUUACGCCAUGAUGUUGAUGCCCUACUCUGGCAGCCACACUCCAGCAAACAAGAUGAUAUGUGGGAGCACAUUGCAACUUUCAAUGCUUUAGGCUACGUCCAAGCAUCAAAGAGAGACAAAAAAUUUUUUGCUUGUGCUCCAAACUACUCGUAUGCAGCCCUGUGUGAGUGCCUUCGUCGAGUGUUCAUCUACCGCCAGCCCACUCCCAUGUCCACUGUACUUUACAACAGAAAGGAAGGUCGGCAAGUAGGGCAGGUUGCUAAGCAGCAAGUAGCAAGCCUAGAAACCAAUGAUCCUAUUUUAGGCUUUCAAGCAACAAAUGAGAGAUUAUUUGUUCUCACUACCAAAAACCUGUUUUUAAUAAAAGUAAAUACAGAGAAUUGA